AUGCCCAAAUCAAAGAAGCAAGGACAGCCUUUCUGGCUUGGAGGUGCUGCUGCAUCGAUGGCCGCGUGCUUCACUCAUCCCCUCGACCAAACCAAAUAUAGAAUGCAGGUCAUGGCCACGAGGCAAAACAUGCUGCGGACGAUGAUGCAAUUUGCGAGUCGAGACGGCAUUCCGUCCCUGUGGUGGGGCAUAUCAGCCUCGAUGCUGCGACAGUCGACAUAUUCGACUGCGAGAUUUGGACUGUACAAUCAUUUUGCCAACAAGGCUCGGGAGCGGUCGGGCAUGACACGGCUUACGAGUGGAUGGGAAAUUAUCUGCGCUGGGGCUGCUGGCGGCCUGGCUGGACUCAUCGGGAAUCCGACAGAGGUUGCUCUUGUGAGAAUGUGUGCAGACGGAGCGAAAUCGCCCGCUCAGAGGUUCGGGUACAAGCACGCCUUCGACGCAAUCUUGAGAAUCGGGCGGGAGGAGGGCAUUCAGACCUUCACUCGAGGUCUUGGUCCGAACGUCGUCCGCAGUGUGAUCAUGAGUAUGUGUGCCUGCUCACAAGUGCCCAGAUAUUCCGCGGCGAAGCGCCGGCUUCUUUCAAACCCGUCGCUCGGCCUUAAAGACGGAAUAUUUACACACUUUCUCGCUUCCUUGGUUGCAGGCACGGUCGCGACAACUGCUUGCGCACCAGCGGAUGUGCUAAAGAGCCGGAUCCAGAACGCCGUGGCCGUCGACGGAGUAAAGCCGAGCGUGAGCAGCAUUAUCACCGAGUCGUUGCGGACGGAAGGUCCACGCUUUUUGAUGAGGGGUUGGACACCUGCCUGGCUCAGGCUCGCACCGAACACGGUGCUUACUUUCAUCUUCAUCGAGCAGCUGCAGAGGCUCGUAACCAUGUCCAGAAAAACGGACUCGAUAGAACCCGUUACAGCUAAUAUGCCUGCCCAGAAGAUUUGA